AUGGCUCGCUUGGUUGACCUCGUCUUGCUGUCGUUGCUGCUGUUUGCUGCCACGCCCGGGGUGGCGUGCGCAUUCUUUGACAAUCUCGCUGCCCCCGUCACGUACCAAAGCGGGACUGAGAUUCCCAUUACGGUGAACUCGCUGACGUCCAGUCGAGGUCUGCUCCCGUACAAUUUCUACUCCGUCAAGACCUGCCAGCCCGAUGCACGGCGAAUGGGGGAUGAGCGCGUCCGCGAAAACCUUGGCGAGAUUAUUCUCGGCAACCGCAUCUUGCCCUCCAUGUACUCCGUGAAGGUUGGGGAGAACGUUACCUGUCGGGAGGUCUGCUUCGUGGCGUACUCCGUCGAGGACAUGGAGCGACUCAAGAAACUCAUUGACCAGCACUAUCGUGCUCACAUGUUUCUUGACAACCUCCCACUGCUGGAAAGGCCCGGCGCGGGCGAGGGCAGCCCCCGUCUCCGCAUUGGCUACCGCCUUGGCGUGCCCGCGGCAAAAAAUCGAUCUACGGCGACUAUCAUUCACAAUUACCUCAGUUUUAAGGUGACCCACAGGCCGGUGGGGGACGGUGCACACGCGAUUACCGGCUUUUACGUUACACCAAGUUCUGUAAACGUACUCACAGGCUGCCCAGAUACGGCGGUGGCGGGAGAGGGGCUGCUUCGGCCCGUAACUUCCGAAACAAUGGACGUGAAGUACUUUUAUUCCCUGUCAUGGGAGUUGGAUACGUCGAACGUGGAUGGAUUUCUGUCGACGCGGUGGGACGUGUACGCUCGUGCAAGUCAUCCCGCGGGAAAGCGAGGCCACUUGAUGGCAAUCAUUAAUUCCCUCGCCUUACUCACCUUUCUGGGAAUUCUCGUCAUGGUUAUUUUGGCGCGAACCGUUCGCAAAGAUUUGUUGAGCUAUGCAGAUAACGGAUUGGCUGAGGAGAAUGCAGAAGAAUCUGGAUGGAAGCUUGUGCGUGGUGACGUGUUUCGCGCACCCCAAGAGGCUUUGCUUUUCACCGCCUUUGUCUCUACUGGCUGCCAAGUGAUUUUUAUGGCCAAUGUCUUGCUUCUUGCGGCGUUUCUGGGUGUCGUGCGUCCAGCACAGCGUGGUCACCUUUUGACCAGCCUCAUCAUCUUUUUCUGCUUAUCCAGCUGCAUCUCUGGCUAUGUGGCAGGCAGGCUGCUUAAGUUUUUCCGUAAACAAAGCUGGAAAAACGGGUUCGUCGCGGUGACUUUGGUUCCUGCAUGCUUGUUGGGCAUCUAUCUCUUUGCCAACCUGAUCACAUGGGCAAAACAUGCGAGUACCGCCAUUCCCUUUGCAACGCUUCUGGUUGUUCUCUUUUUGUGGACUGUCGUGCCCAUUCCACUGGCCUUCUUGGGGAUCUCCGCCGGGUUUCGUUCUGCAAUGCUAAGCGUGCCGGCGAAGGUGAGCAGCAUUCCGCGCCUCGUACCAGAGAAGAGUGCGAGUAAGCGUUACCUCUACAUUUUUGGGGGCGGACUCGUCCCUUUCACCGCGGCCUUUGUAGAGGUUGUUUACGUUCUGGGCUCUUUUUGGAGAGGGGAACCGUUUCACUAUUUUGGCUACCUGGCUGCCAUUCUCUUUGUCAUUGCCUUUAUUUGCGCCGAGGUGACGGUGGUUGUGGUCUACGCGAUGCUCUCCGACGAGGACUACGAGUGGUGUUGGGUGAGUUUCCUGACCUCGGGCAGCUGCGGCCUCUACUUUUUUAUCUACAGCCUUGUCUACCUCUUUGUGGCGCUCGAGAUACGCCAGCUGCUCUCCAUGGUGCUGUUCUGCGUGUAUACCAUGGGCCUCUCCAUCCUGCUGGGCGUGACGCUCGGGACGCUGGGCUUUCUCGCAUCUGCCCUAUUCGUGCGAACCAUCUACGGCGCAAUCAAGGCGGACUAA